GGUAAAGCCAUUCUCCUGGAUGGUCUGCUAGAGUUUAACAUAUUGCUGUUUGAUAGACUAAAACAACAGAAAAUGGUUGAGUUUGGAUCUGGUCCUGUUAAAGAGACUAUCGAUAAUACUGUUUUUAUUAUACCUGGUAUUAUCAUUGUGUUGCUUGUAGGUAAGAAAAACAUACAAAAUUAAUUUUUUCAUCAGUUUUCUUGCACUAUAAAUUGAAUUAGCAGUUGCUAAAAUAAUAAUAGUAAAUUAUUAAUAAUCCAACUGCCACACGUACUAUAUUUGACACAUCAUCACCCAGCAGCUGUUUCGACUGGUCAAGCCCAAGGUGGAAAAGUAUGGAGUAGAACAUGCUUUAAUUAUUCUAAGACUUCAUAUUGUUAAUGGAAGCCUAGAUUUACUUCUGUAACAUUCAGAUUUUAAGCAAGAAAAUUGAAUAUCAAUUUAUUUUUUUUCUUCAAAAAUUGGCCCCCUUCAAUUUAUGUGUGUUGUUGUUUUUUUAUAUAUUUUUUUGUAAAUCAUAGGCCUUCGAAAUAUUUUCGAAGUGGCUAUUCGGACCGGGUCCCAGAAGUGAGAGGUUGGGAUUUAAAAAAUAUGAAGUGGAUAUUUGGACCCUCCUACCAGAAGUGAGAGGUUGGGAUUAAAAAAUGUUUAUAUUACAACACAUAUAAAUUUCAAGCAAUUUUAUCAUAAUUUGUAUUAAUUAGUCCACUUUUAAUAAUACUUCAUUUAUUUAUUUUUUUUAAAUUGUGCAUUUUUAAAAAAAAAAAAAAUUAAUUAAAAAAAGUUAAAGAAAACCAGGUAAGUACUUCAUGAGAGAAAUACAAUUAGUAUUAGCAAAUAAUAUAAAGCAGAUGAAUAAUUUUUACAUAUUUUUAUAAAAAUUAUACCACAUUGGCUACAAAUUAUCAUAUCGGUAUGAAAUAUGAAAACUACUGUUUUCCAGAAACUCAUUUAUAUAACAAUGGCAGGGAAAAAUUUUCUCUCUAUUUUAUAAACAUAAUAAAGAUGUUCACAUUAUAUUAUAUAUUGACUGUAAAUAACUAUUGCAGUUUUAGCAUGACAUUGCUAUUUUAUAAUCAUUCAUAGUGCUGCGGCAGAAACAUGUGCAUUGUCAAAAAAAUUUUGUCACUGCCUGAUUAAUUCUACUGAGGAACUAAAAAGAAUAAAGCUAUAAGAUCUUUUUUUAUUAUUCAAGACAAGCAUUUUGUUUUCUUCAGAUUAAAAUAAAUAUGCCUGUAAUCUCGGACACCCAUCGCCGCUAUUCGGACCCGGGUCCCUUUCGACUAAAUGCUAUUCGGAUGUCAUUUGUGGUAGUUUAUUUUAGUAAAACUGAAGAAUUAAGUUGAUAAACAUAUAGUCCAUUCACUUAUUUUUAAUUUGAUACCGAAUUUUGUCAUACAAAACCUACAAUAAUUUUUUUAAUAAACCAAACCUCUCACUUCUGAUACAGGGUCUGAAAGCCGCAGCCAAAAAUAUAUUACAAAUUUUUUUGGGUUGUGAGACAAAAUUUGGUAUCAAAUGAAAGAUAAUGGAAUUAAUGUUUGUAAACUUACCUCUUCUUACUUACUACUUGGACUAAAGGGACCGGGGUCCUAAUAGCGGCUAUGUGUGUCUGGGUCUCUUGAGACUAAGUGCUAUUCGGAUUUCAUUUGUGGUAGUUUAUUUAAGUUACACUGAAGAAGUACUAUAUUUAUUGGCUUAUAACACACUCCCGCGUAUAACACGCACCUCAAUUUAAGAAGGAAAUUUCAGGGGAAAAACUAAACAUUAUAUGGGCGUAUAACAUGCACAUAUGAUUUGCCCCCUAUUUUUGGGGAGAAAAUUGUGUGUUAUACGCCAAUAAAUACGGUAUGUUUACAAAAAUAUAGUCCACUUCAUUAUCUUUCAUUUGAUACCUAAUUUUGUUUUACAAACCCUACAAUAAUAUUUUUAAUAUUUUUUAAUAAACCCAAACUCUCACUUCUGAUACCCGAUUCUGAAUAGCCGAAGUCAACAUUUUUACAACUUUCAAGAAUAAAAAGCCUACAUCUUUAUUUUUGUAAAGGAUAAUUUUAAAACAAUUUUUUUUUUAAAUUUCAGUUUAAGCUUUAACAAUUGAAGAUAAAAAUAGGUUAACUUUACUAAUUAAGAGCUUUUUUUAAAAACUGUAAUGAUAAAAAUAAAGUGUGUAAAUAGUUUACUCUGUCAUCUUAAAUGUCAAACAAGAGGACACUUUGAGCCAAUGUAGAUUAUCAUCAUGAAUGAUCAAGGUGUUGGCACGUUACUUAUUAUAGAAAGCUGGCUGCUGUCUGGUAUUUAAUGAAUUCUUUUUUUUUUUGGGUUGUACAGAAUUAAGAAUAUUAAUGGAAAGGAUAAAUAAUAAUUAAUUGUUUUCAAUCAUAAUAAUUUUUAUAACAUAAAUAACAGUUGUUGGCUUUAUCAGAGGUUUUAAUUUUGGGUUUGGUUGCUAGGGAUGGAUAACCACUUUUAAUCUGAUUAUAAUGUUUUUAAUACCGGUAAUCUAAAUUUUGAAAUAGGAACAGCUUACCUUGAUAUUGAAAAAAAAAAUAUAAGUCCGAGUCAUCAAAAUGAAAUAAUUCACAAGUUCUUUAGCACUAAAACACUUAUUACUGAUAAGAAAAAUACAGUUUCAAAAGUGACCUCAAAAGAAAUGUACUAAUACUGACACAAAUGCACAGGUGAAUUACAAUUACAGGCACAUCUCUUAUAUGAAUAUCACGACUUAACACAUAAAGUCAGUAUUAAAUCUAAUUUAAUGUUAAUGGCAUUAAAGGCUCAAAUGGCACCCAACAAUAUUACAUUGUUUUUAUUCAGUCUAAGUAAAUUUGGCUCAAAUGCCACCCAAAAUUAUCAAACUUUUGAUUCAGCUCUCAAUGCAACAAAAAUAAUGAUAAAUGUAUAGAUACUGAUAUAAGUUACAAAGCUUUAAAUUUAAGUUUUAAUUUGUAGGGCUUACUUCUUGAAUGUAACUUUGUGAGAAUCACUAAUAAUGUGGACGUUUUAUCUUUUGUAAAUACAAAUAGUUGCUUGUUUUUUAAAUUAAUAAGUUCCUUCACCUCACUAAAUUUGAGCUUAAUAUUUUUCACUUCACAUUUAAUAAGUUAUGAAUAUUUUUCACUAAAAAAACUUGCAGUUUAUUGAAUUAUUAAUUAACUCAGGAAAAUAUACAAAGUUGACGUCAAAUUAUUACAUUUUAAUUAGAAAAUGCUAUUGUUUAGCAAAUUAUAUACUUUCAUUCCUAAACAAAUGAUAUCAUAAACAAAUGGUGUAAAUAUAACAUUUUUAUAUUGAGAAAUAUGCAAUACACAACGGGUGAAAAAGAUGAGUGAAAAUGGGGAAGAAAAAAAAUUGAAGAAAACUCAUUGGUAAAAUUGGUAGCCCUUUAUUAGCACAAAGCUGAUGUAGAACCAUUAAGGGAUGUUGAGGACUAAACCCCAUGUUUCAUUUACAUGGGAUCUCCAUAAUAAAAUUAAUAACGCUUCAUUUGUGUAACAUCCUUUUAAAAGUUAAUAUUAUUGUUGUAGACAAUUUAAUGUUGAUAUCUUUUAUAUUCCAUCAGGAUUUUUCUCUUACAAACUUGUGUCAAGUUUGCGAGAGAAGCAGAGACUGAAAUUAGAGAAAAAACUAUUGAAGCAGCAGAGAAAAGAGAAAGAUAAUGGACUCAAGACUAAGAAAAAGAAGUGAACAGUGCUUCACAAGCCAAAAUUUGUACAUUAGAACAGUUUUAAUAAGUAACAAAAUUGAAUGAAUGAAACGCAGGAACGUGUUGGUGUGCAGCUGACUUGGAUGAAAUCUUGAACACAUUCUUGAGUGUUUUAUUGCUAAGCUAUAUGAUUGUGAUAAGGCUCAACAAAAAUUCACACAUUUACUAUGCUAUUUUGUUUUAAUUAUUUUAAUCUACAUAUAAACAUCAUAAAGAAUUUUAUUCUAUGUCAGACAGUGAAGUGUGCAGCAUCUUUACUAAAUGAAAUUUAUUACUGCUGAAUUUAUUUAUUUUUAUGUUGCUGCAUUCUGUUGAAUAAUUCUGUUUAUUCCUAUUUAUUAUGAAGCUUAAACAGCACAUUUAGUUUGCUUAAAUCCAACCACGAACUCCAAGCAGUUGUGAUUUUUAAAACAAAUAAAAACUGAACAACGUCAGUUAUAUAUUAAUUUGGCAUUUGGUUGUGUCCAACACUGUGUUAUACUUAACUCCUGAGCUGCAAAACUUAAUAAUUUACUUAAAACUUUUUUACAAAAUUUAAUCUCUCCCAAGAACUUCCAUUCUCAUCUAUUUUUCUUCGCAUUAAUUGUAUAGCUUAUGUUUUACUCAUAUAUAUAUAAAUAUAUACUGAAAGAAAAUCUGAUUAGUGUUAAAAGAGAUCAACAUUGUUUACUACCAGUAUAUCAUAGUCAAGCAUUUUAUUUAAGAAUUGAUGCAUUUGGAGCCAAUUAUUUAAAUUUUCUGUUUAUGUUGCCAUAUCCAUAAAGCUGAAAAUGUACCUUAUGUUUUUGUGAACACAAUUACUGCUUAUGUUUUCAGAUUUUAGUGUUAACGUCUUGAAACAACUUACAUUUAGUUGUAUAUGUUUCUUACAUAUGCAUGCUAUAGUGGUGUAUGCUUAAAAAACUUACCACAUUUUGUUUUUGUUGGUUUUAUAUGUCACCAUCUUGUGUGUGUGACUGAAUUUAUAUUUUCAGUGGUUCUCACCACACUGGAUAAACAACUCAUAUCUCAAUGUUUCUUUCUUAUGACCACAAUGCAUAACAUAAAGACCAGGUGGGAGAUAAAAUCAUGAUUGCUUGAGAAUGAAGCAUAUUGCAGACCUCACUUUAGCCUGUGACACUGUAUGUAGUUGAUCUUAUGUGAGUUUUGAAAUGAAUUAUCAGUCUUGUGCACUUGAACAGCACAAGUCUAUAACUAUAAAUUUUUUUUAGCACCCAGUUGUGGGUUGAUAUAAUGUAUGAUCUCUAAAUCUAAGUUUUUCUUUUAAAUUCCUGCUGUAUGUCUCACUCCUGACCCAAUAAUGCUUGAUCUAAACCCCCUGCAUCAACAAAAAAAUUGUUUAAAAAUACGACAAAUGCUUUUUUUAUACAUAUAAAUGUAAUACAUUUUUACAAAGAGUAUGAACUUGAAAUAUGACAAGUGCAAAAUAUAAUAUAUAAAAAAAAUGACUGUAGUAACUUUAUGGCCAACAUUUUAUGGAGUAUUUUUCCUUUCAAAUUUUUUAACCGUACCUAUUUAAGUUGAGGUUUUAUUUUCCCACUGAUAUUUCUUUAAACUAAAACUUGUAAAUGAAAUGUAAUUUUCUAUGCUAUAUAUAAAAUAUUUGUAUUCCCCC